AUGACAACAUAAACAUUUGUUGAAUUUUGUUUAAAAACAAAUCAUAUUUAAAUAAAUUAUCUCAAGAUUGCUGAUUAAUUUAUAUCUAUUUAGUUAUAUCGAAAUGAUAUCUUAUCAUAGCUAAUUGGUGCUUACUCGUAGAGAGAACUCAAUAAGAAACACAUAGGCAAUUCUUGGAAAAGAUUUUUAACAUGGAAGAUGAAAUAGAAGAUAUAGAAUUGCGGCCAGCUAGUGUUCGUCGCAAUGUCACCAUCAGGAACAAUGUGGCGAGGCAGGUGGCUAUCAACUUCAUGCCGUCACGCCAAGCACCCUAUAACACACUACGUAUUCGGCGCGUGAACAGUGAAAACAAUGCUCUCUUGGACGCCGUCUCGGAUACCCCAGAUCCUGAUAAGCAAGUGGACAUCAUUGUGCGGGAGAUGGAACAGCAUAUACAUCUUAUGGAGGAUAAUCCGGUUUCUGAAGAAUUGAGAAGAGAGGCCCUCCGAGAUUUACCACAAGGUCUAACAAUGAAGAGAAGCGUGCGUGCAAAACUGUCGGCGUCCGUCAGUUUGCGGUCCAAAAGGCGUCCCAUUUCUGUGUUCAAGAGAUUUAAAUAUAGGCUCAGUUUUACUUGGAAACGGUUACGCGAAAGUUUCCGCGACCUAAUCUUCUCCAUAGAGCUCUGGUAUGAGCCCAUACGCAAUAUAGAAGGCCACCUGGGUUCUGCAGUGGGUUCCUACUUCCACUUACUCCGCUGGCUUUUUGGCCUGGAUCUGGUGCUCAGUGUGUUCCUGGUCUCCUUCGUGGUAGUGCCUCAGGUGCUGCAUGAUGGGGGUAGGAAUGUGACGGGAGGUUGGGGGUUUUUGGACUUUAUUAGUGGGAAGGGUGCUCUAGAAGAUUCCCCGCUAUUCUACGGCCACUACCACGACGGUGUGAUCACCACGUCCGUACCGCUUAGCUACAACAUGCCAUUCGCCUACUUCUUCACCAUGCUCUGCUUGUAUCUCAUGUUCUUUGGGGUGCUUUGUUAUAGAACAGCGUACUCCUACCGCCGCAACUUCAUCGGCACGGGCGGCGGGCUGCCGCACGUGUUCGCCAGCAAGAUAUUCUGCGGCUGGGACUGCGGGAUCGUCUCUCCGGCGGCUGCUGCACUCACUGCGGCCAGUAUUUAUAAUGAACUUAAGGAAUUGCUCAGUGAACAGAACAAAGUGCGGCACAAGUUAUCGUUUUGCACCAAACUACUGCAACAGUCACUUAACGCGCUAGUGUGGUGCGUAGUGUUAGCUGCAAUUGGUGGGAUGCAGUAUGGGAUCUGGGGCCUGAUGGGAUUGAAGCUACUGACCCCGUACUGGGAGGUCUGCGUGUCGCUGGUUAUAACCACUGCGCUGGCGGUGUGUCCCCUGCUGUUUAACUUUAUUGUUAGGUUAGAAUUCUACGCACCGCGAACGGGCACGUACGUUACGUUGGCACGCACUUGGCUACUAGAUAUAACGACACUAGCGCUAGUGUUCGUGUACUGGGCUAAAAGUGGUGAAGAGUGUUGGGAAACAUCGUUGGGCCAAGCCGCAUACCGACUCGUGUUAUUAGACGCUCCGGUCUCUUUGUUGUUGUUGCCCGCUGUUGAGUUCAUCAGGAUGUUGUUGUUUAAAUUCAAUAUAACGGAAACCGGUCCAGAGUUCAACAUUGCAUACAAUUCAUUGACUCUCAUAUACAACCAGGCGUUAUUAUGGCUUGGCAUGCUAUUCUCGCCUCUAUUGGUAGUAGCCGUAACGAUCAAAUUCCUAUUGCUGUUUUAUGUGAAGAGGGUGUGCGCUUUGCGAGCGUGCUUACCGGCAAGGAAGGUAUGGCGCGCGGCACAGACGCAAACGGCUCUAUACCUUUUGGUAACUCUGUCGCUCUUCACAACAAUAUUUGGUAUUGGUGUUUUGUUCCUUGGCACUUCCUCCCACUCUUGUGGUCCGUUCCAGCAGUACUCCACAGUAUUAUCAUUAGUUGGUGAAGGUCUACUCGGUCUAUCGGAAAGACCAGCCCUGGCCCGGGUGCUAGCCUUCAUCGUGAGACCUGGAGUUAUCGGGUUCCUGUUUGUGGCUCUCUGCGUGUGCGUGUACUACAUGCGCGCGCGGUCGCUGGCGCAGCGCUCGAUGGGCGAGCUGCUGCGCCGCAUGCUGGUGCUGCAGGCCAAGGACAAGGACUUCCUGCUCAGCGCCAUCGCCAAGGUCUCCAACGGAGAAUGGUAUUACAGCCCCAAAGUGGAGGAAAACGCAGAUAGUCACACUUGGCGCUACUUACACGAAGUGCGCAAACCGUCCAACGCGGGAUACCACCUUGAUCUCGACAGAUCGAAAACCAGACCCACAUCAGACAGACCAAAGUCUGACAGACCGAAGUCAGACGGUGAUACAGACAGCUCGUUCAGUUGGCAAGGCUCGAGCAAUUACCUGAACGAUCUGGAAGCUAGGAAGAUGAUUUGACAGGUAUUUUGUGGUUUUUAAACGUUGUAUGUUUUAACAUUUUUGAGGGUAGUCUGUUGUUUGAAUGUGCAAUUAUACAGUUAUACGUUUAUCUCGUGAGUUAGUACAUUUGGAGAUAAGGCCGAUAGGCUCCAAUUUAAGUAAUAAUUUUAGAGUUGUAAAAAUAUGAAUUACUACGAAACUUUUUGAGGGUAGUAUGUAGCCAUUAACCUUAAAAAUUUACUAGAACUUAUCUUGUAUUCUAUCUAAAUUUGACAAUUAAUGGUUACCCAACAGUUUAAUGGUGGUAAUUUGUCGGAAAUUAUUAAAGUUGAAGAAUAAUUGCCAAUACAAUUUCGAUUUCGUGUUUAUCUAGCCGUAAUCGACAGCAACU